UUGGAGGGCGCGCGUGCGCUCGCCGGACCGCGUGAUGCGCAGGAGCGCGCGCGAGUCCGGCGGCGCGACGGCGGCGCCCGCGCCCUCGCCGUGCGCGUGAUGCGCGCGAGCCACGCCGCGCUUUCCGCGUGGCUCGUCUGCUGCGCGGCCGCGCUCUCCUCGCAUAAGUACAGCACGCGGGUGGUGCGCACGAAGUACGGGCCGUUGCGUGGCAUCGUUGUACACUCGCAUCCGCAGGUCGAGGCGUACCUCGGCGUGCCGUAUGCAACGCCACCUCUUGGUAGUCUUAGAUAUAUGCCGCCGGUGACCCCGUCGCAGUGGCGAACGCCGAAACUAGCGGACGCGCCCGGCCCCGCUUGUCCGCAGGCGCCACCGCCCGCUUCGCCCCGCGAGGAGGCUUUGCUCGUUCAUCCUCGUGCGCGUCUCCGUCAGCUCGAGAGACUGCUCCCGAUGCUGUCUAACCAGAGCGAGGAUUGUCUUUACGUCAACAUUUAUGUCCCCGUGAACGUAAUUAAUGAUUACGGUGACGCCAUAAUGCAAGAUAGUGGAGAACGAAGGGUGUCGAGACCUCAAUUCCGUAGUGCAUUGCAGUGUAUCCGUACUCCCUGCAAGCAGUGCGGAAGUGGUGAUGACGAAAGCGGACACGUAGGACUACCCUGCUUGGUAUUCGUACACGGAGAGUCAUACGAGUGGAGCUCGGGUAACGCGUAUGACGGGACCACACUAGCGGCACACGGCAACAUCAUCGUAGUCACUAUCAAUUUUAGAUUAGGUGUAUUGGGUGAGUGAUCACAGGAGUAGCGGUGGCGUAGUGGAUAAGCUCCUGGGCCUGUGAUCGUUGUUGCUAAGCAACUUUGGCCAAGAAAUGAGUGGGUGAUCAAAAAAUUUGUAUCUCGAGCUCGUACUACGUGCUUUAGAAGGUACAUUAAGAAGUUAGUUCCGGCUGCAUUUGCAGUCGUUAAUACCUUCCAAUCCGCAUUGGGUCAGCGUGGAGGGUUAUGGCCCAUCUUCCAUGAUAAUUCGAAGUGAGAUUCCAAUCAAUUAAAUAAUUUGAACAAGUAAUAUUUUGAUAUUAAUAACGCGAAAAUAUGUUUUGCUACUGAAUUCUAUGGUAAUACAGUCACAAUUAACAUAGGUUUUCUAAAAACUGGUGCUAAGGGGUCGGCGCAGGGUAACUUUGGACUGAUGGAUCUGGUGGCGGGGUUACAUUGGCUGCGGGAAAAUCUACCGGCGUUCGGAGGGAAUCCUGAGAGUGUCACCAUCAUGGAACUACUAAGGCGCGUCAUUUUGUUAAGCGGCUCCGGACUGAGCUCGUGGGCGUUGCAGAGGGAGCCCCUUGCGAUAAAAAGAAAGGUUGCGGAACAAACUGGUUGCCACGGUGAUCUUCUAGAAGACGAUUUGGCGCCGUGCUUGAGAAACAAGCCUCUUAGCGAACUACUUGCUGUAAGACUAGAUCCACCACGUUUCUUGCCAGGAUUCGCGCCGUUCGUAGACGGCACAGUUAUUGUAAAUCCGUCCUCAGCGCCGCCCCCCACGGAUAGUUCGCGGCUUGGAGCGGGGGCCGCAGCAGUCGCCACCGCAGCAGGCCACGAAUUGGCAGAUUUUCCCCAUAGGGAAUUGUUAUUCGGUCUAACCACAACAGAAUCUUACCUAGAAUUCAACGCGCAAGACUUGGAGUUCGGCUUCAAUGAGAGCAGGCGGGAUCGCAUAUUGAGAACGUUCGUGCGGAACGCUUACUAUUACCAUCUGAACGAGAUCUAUUCCACCCUGAAGAAUGAAUACACAGACUGGGACAAACCCGUACAAAAUCCGCUGAGUGUACGCGAUGCCACUUUGGAACUGACUAGACAGCACUUGAUACUGGCGCGCUCUAUCAUGGCCGAUCUCAAUUUAAGCGUUGAGUGGUUUUCGCAAAUCACCGUACGCUCUUGCGACCUACAAAGGAAGUUAAUGACGCUCGCGCACGCUGAAUACGCGAUGAGCGCGUCGAAAGGCUUUAUAUUGGAAAAUACUUGCAUCUCCGCACUUAGAAAUUAG